UAACUUUUUGUUUAAAUCAUGAAAACAUAUUUAAAACAAGUAUGUUGCAUAAUAUUAAGAUAGUCUAUCAUUAACCCAGGGAUCCUUCUGCAGAUUGAAAAAACUUCAAGACAAUGGCUGGAGGAAGGAACAGUACAAUAGUCAUCAGAUUCAUCCUUUUGGGAUUCUCAGAUUAUCCCAAGAUCAAGAUCGCUCUCUUUGUAGUAUUCUUGGGUUCUUACCUCUUGACAGUGGCUUGGAACCUGGGCCUCAUCAUCCUGAUUAAGAUGGACUCUCACCUACAUACACCCAUGUACUUCUUCCUCAGUAACUUAUCUUUCUUGGAUUUCUGCUAUGUUACCUCCACAACCCCGAAAAUGCUCUCAGACUUCUUCCAGAAGCCUAAAUACAUCUCCUUUCUGGGAUGCACCAUGCAGUACUUCUUCUUCUCUAGCCUGGGUCUGACUGAGUGCUGUCUCCUGGCCGCCAUGGCUUAUGACCGAUAUGCUGCCAUUUGUAAUCCUCUACUCUACACCGCCAUCAUGUCACCCACCCUCUGUGUACAGAUGAUGGUUGGAGCCUGUAUAACUGCUCUCUUUGGUUCAUUGAUCCAAUUGUGUGCUUUACUUCAGCUCAAUUUUUGUGGGCCCAAUGUUAUCAACCACUUCUUCUGUGACCUGCCUCAAUUAUUAGUCCUAUCCUGCUCUGAAACCUCUUUCCUAAAAGUCAUGAAGUUUGUGAUAGCAGUGAUUUUUGGUGUAAUAUCUGUCUCAGUCAUCAUGAUAUCUUAUGGUUAUAUCAUUGCUACCAUCCUGAAGACAAGCUCUGCUGAAGGCAGGUCCAAGGCCUUCAAUACCUGUACUUCUCACCUGACAGCAGUGAUCUGUUUUUUUGGAUCAGGACUCUUUGUCUAUAUGCACCCCAGCACUGAUGAUUCUCUGGACCAUGACAAGAUGGCAUCAGUCUUCUAUACAGUGGUGAUCCCCAUGUUGAAUCCUUUGAUUUACAGUCUGAGGAACAAGGAAAUCAAAGACGCCUUUAAGAGGUGUAAGAAGAGAGCUUUUUCCCAUUGUCAUAGUUAAAGGUCUGGCAGGCUCGUGGUCCUGGUGACUGGAAGUUUCUAGACUAUGCAGAGAAAUGCAUUUAACUUUAUUCAAUCCUACUGAUGCUCUGGCAGGAUUGCAAGUGAGUCAACCCAUCUAAAUCCAGGACUGGUUCACUGGGAUGCAAAUCCUGUGGCUUCUUUGCAACUUGACAGUUGGCUCUUCUCUUGUAUAGCGAUAAUAACAUCACAAGUUAACUAUAUUAACUGUUAUAUUAAUAUAAGCCUUCAGUUCCUUGGUGUUUGGCCCUUACAUAUUCUUUCAGAACUUCUGCCUGCAGGCUGGAGUGAUUAGGGCUAAACACAAGACUGGUGGUCUUUCUCAUACACAACAUCACAAUCAGCAUCAUGACCACUUCAUCCCAGACUCCAAACCCUCUAGGUGUCUGAGAAAAUUCCAGUUAAAUAAGGUGGAGCUAUGGAAAGAAACAUUACUUUAGACUGUGACCUAAUUCCCUGCA